CCAAAUCGCUUUCUCCUUUGCCACGUACCAAGUCAAAAACUCGUUGUAUUUAUUUCUUGACAGAUUGUCACUUAAAAAAAUAUUUGAAUAAUGCCGAGCAGUCCUACGCCCAAUGUUGACGAUGAGAUCGUCCCUCCCCCCAAGGUCAACAAGUGGGAUGGAUCUGCCGUCAAGAACUCGUUGGACGAUGCGGUUCGCGACAUUCUCAUCAAAAAGUUGGGAUUCGACGAGAAUUUCAACUUGGUCGAUGGUCGGCUAGGAAUUUGCAGUAUUGCGGUCGCGAUCGCAAUGUUGGCCCUGUUGUGGGAUUAUUUGUACCCGUUUCCGCAGUCGAGGCCGGUCUUGCUCCUCUGUGUUUCCGCAUAUUUCGUCAUGAUGGGCGUUUUGACCCUUUACACGGCGUACAUGGAGAAGGGAAUUUUCGCCGUGGCGGUGUACAAGGAUCCAGCUGGAAAUGAACCGCAAACUUGGGAGGCUAGUUCUUACAUGAAGAGAUUCGACGACAUGUACACCCUCAGUUUGUCCUGUUUCAAGGGAAAGAACGCGACCGAGAAGACGGUUCAAUUUGAAAAGUCUGUCGCCUGUUUUUUCGACACGGAAGGAAACCUGUUAUUAGAUCUAUUAGAACCGGAAGUUCUUAAACUUCACAACAAUCUAACAUCUGGAAAGAAGGACAAGUAAACUUGUGUAUGUAGGUUUUACAUUUUUUCAAUUUCAUCUAUCUGGAAAAUGGCUAUUAAUUAUAAUUACUACCUUUUAAAGCCAAAUUGAAAUAGAUAUUAAUUUUAUUUGAAAUUAUUCUUUAAUAGGCUGAAACUUGUAAAAUAAGUAUUCGAAAGUCUCUCCGGACUAUGUGUUAAAUAUAUAACUUAAAGAAGAUAUGAGAUAAAUAUUGUAUAACAUUCC